AUGAACGAACCUACAUUUAAACUUCCUGAAAUAAUCGAUAAUGAUAGUGGGUGGGGUCCCUCACCCGCAAUGUUACCGGAGAAGUUCCGAGAUAUACCGUAUGCUCCAUAUAGUAAAGCUGAUAAAUUAGGAAAAAUUGCUGAUUGGUCUACUCCGGAACAGAAAGAAAAAGAAUCUUCCGGGAGGCAGAGAGCAAAUUACAGGAAUUACCGUGAUCAGUAUACAGCGUAUGGUUAUGGUGUAUCCAGUGCCUUUGUUUAUACACACGCCGAAGACGAAGCUUCGUUCUCAGUGGUUGAUAAUCGAUCAACUGCUCAAAAGAAAGCCUCAUCAUAUAGAGCUGCUGGUGGUACAAAGGGUCGAACAGGUGCAAGAGGACAAGCAUCUCGGAAUCCCAGGAAUGGACAAUUUCAAAGAUAUGGUAAUCAAAAUCGGAAUUCACCUGGGGGUAGAACGAAUACCACUGCUCUCCGGAGACGAUACGGUUGGAAAGAUUAUGACAAGCCCCAGCGUGCAAGAGAUGCUUCGGUUAAAGUGGGACCGGAAUGGAAAGUUCUUGAAGAGAUUGAGUUCAGUCGGUUAUCCAAACUUAAUUUGGAUGUAGAUGAUGGUGAAGAUUUAUCUUCACAUGGAUUUUUGUAUUUUUACGACAAGAAUUACGAUCUUGUUCGAACAAAAAGUGAAAGAUUAUUACUUCCUAACGAGAAAGUUCGAUUCUUUAUAACUACUUCCAAGGAUCCUAUUAUUGAACAACUUGCAAGGGAUAAUGAAGCUACGGUUUUCGCCACUGAUUCUAUUCUAAGUUUACUUAUGUGUGCACCAAGAUCUGUAUAUCCUUGGGAUAUUGUUAUUAAUCGUAUAGGAAACAAGUUGUUCUUUGAUAAACGAAGUAACGGUGUUUAUGAUUAUAUAACCGUUAAUGAAAAUUCUGCCGAUCCUCCGCUUGAAACCGGAGACAAGGAUAAUAUUAAUUCCCCUACCACGUUAGCAUUGGAAGCAACCUUAAUCAACCAUUAUUUUGCCUUACAAGUAGUAAAUGAGAAUGAAAAACAUGAAUUUGAAAAACCGAAUCCAUUUAUUAAUUCUCCAGAGGAUGCGGAAGAAAUGGCACCAUGCUCUUAUCGAUAUCGUAAAUUUGACCUCAGCAUUAAUGAAGACGAGGAGGUUUCAAUUAUUGUUCGUACACAACUUGAUUCUGCUAUAAAAGCUCCAACGGGUGGGGUUUCUUUCCUAACGAUUAAAGCUUUGAAUGAGUUUGAUCCUAGAGCUCAAGGAGCUGGUGGGGCUUUGGAUUGGCGACAAAAAUUGGAUACCCAAAGAGGAGCAGUUGUUACAACUGAAAUGAAAAAUAAUAGUUGUAAAUUAGCACGUUGGGCAGUUCAAAGCAUUUUAGCCGGAGCUGAUCAAAUGAAAUUAGGAUAUGUUUCUCGUGCUUCUCCAAAGGACAAUCAAAAACACGUUAUAUUGGGUACCCAAAUGUAUAAACCGCGUGACUUUACAGCCCAAAUGAAUUUGUCCGUUUCAAAUGGAUGGGGAAUUGUUAGGACUAUCGUUGAUUUGUGUAUGAAAUUACCAGAGGGUAGAUAUGUGUUAAUUAAAGAUCCUAAUAAACCGUUAAUUCGUUUAUAUGGUGUUCCUGCUAAUACAUUUGAUGCGGAAGAUGAUUCAGCACUUGAUGAUGGUGAUGAAGUAGAGGACGAAGAGGAAGAAGUUUUGGAAAAACCAACCACUAACAGCGAAUUAUAA